AUGCUUCGAGAGAUACGAAUAAGUGGACCCGCGAAUCCCAGUACCGAAUCUGGAUAUGAAGAAACCCGGGUAGUACCGAAUACCGGAUAUGAACAUGUUUCCAGUAUUUAUACACCAAAAUGCAUAUGUAUUCUAUGUUUUCUUAUUGGUUCACUAUUUGGUGGUAUAAUAUUAACCGUCGUAAUCAUGCUUUGGUUAACAUCCUUUACAGCUACAUCAACGACAAGUACGACAUCAGCAACUUCAACAUCAACUACCUCUAGUACGAGUACAACAACAACAACGCCUGCUGCUCCUUGUGUUCCUACUUCUGUCGGUUCUGCGAGUACUCUUUUGACGAUCUCAUCUCCUACUGUAAUUACGUACAACUGCUACGCAUAUACAUGGACGUCACCUACUACAGGUCCAGUUAAUUUAACCUUUGAACUUCGUAAUGAUCCCUCCCAAUGGGUACUUGAUGAUACCUCAAUCUAUGAUGGAGCUAUUCAAAUGUUAACUAAUAUAGGUUUCGAAACUGGUUCUCUUUCACCUUGGGUACGAACAACACCGCAUGGAGCUUGCACGGGAACACCAGGCAGUAUAACUAAUUCUUCGUGCCACAGGGGAACUUAUUGUAUGUAUGAUGGAAGUCUUGGAUGUGCUGAUCAAAUCAGUCAACAAUUUACCGCUACAGCAGGAGAAGUCUAUGUUGUAAGCUUUUGGCUGAGAGCAGGCACAUUAGCACCUGUCACAACUGCGACGGUUACUCUCUCCUAA